GGGGCUGGGGCCGCCGGAGCCGGCCAUGCAGAAAUACGAGAAGCUCGAGAAGAUCGGAGAGGGCACCUACGGGACGGUCUUCAAGGCCAAGAACCGGGAGAGCCACGAGAUCGUGGCGCUGAAGCGGGUGCGGCUGGACGACGACGACGAGGGGGUGCCCAGCUCGGCCCUGCGCGAGAUCUGCCUGCUGAAGGAGCUGAAGCACAAGAACAUCGUCCGGCUGCACGAUGUCUUGCACAGCGACAAGAAGCUGACGCUGGUCUUUGAGUUCUGUGACCAGGACCUGAAGAAAUACUUUGACAGCUGCAAUGGGGACCUAGACCCCGAGAUUGUGAAGUCCUUCAUGUAUCAGCUGCUGAAAGGCCUGGGCUUCUGCCAUAGCCGCAACGUCCUGCACCGCGACCUCAAGCCCCAGAACCUCCUGAUCAACCGGAACGGGGAGCUGAAGCUGGCUGACUUCGGGCUGGCCCGGGCCUUCGGGAUCCCUGUCCGUUGCUACUCGGCUGAGGUGGUGACACUUUGGUACCGCCCUCCCGAUGUGCUCUUUGGUGCCAAACUCUACUCCACAUCCAUCGACAUGUGGUCUGCGGGCUGCAUCUUUGCAGAGCUGGCCAAUGCAGGGCGGCCGCUGUUCCCAGGCAACGAUGUCGAUGACCAGCUGAAGAGGAUCUUCCGGCUGCUGGGGACGCCGACAGAGGAGCAGUGGGCGGGGAUGACCAAACUGCCAGACUACAAGCCGUACCCCAUGUACCCUGCCACGACGUCCCUGGUCAACGUGGUGCCCAAGCUGAACACAACUGGCCGGGACCUGCUUCAGAACCUCCUGAAGUGCAACCCGGUCCACCGGAUUUCGGCAGAGGAGGCUCUUCAGCAUCCCUACUUCACAGAUUUCUGCCCCCCUUAGCAGCCCCCACUGCAGGCAGCCGUGGGGCCAGGUGGGGCUCAGAGGCCGCGCCUUGGAUGGGACCAGCUGGAAGGGGGAUCUUGAUGGGACCUGGGGCGGCGGGGGGCUAGUCAGCUUGCCCCCCCCUGCCCUGCCGAAGUCAGCCCAGUCCUCCCCAUCACCUCUUGCAAGCAUGUUCAACGCCUGGCGGGGGGAGGGAGGGGGACAUGGAUUUGAACCGAUGUGAAUAUUUGUGAAUUCUAUAAAAUGCUUCUUGGACCUC